GUGCUCCUACUAGUUCGGUUGCUUUUACGUUUACUUUUUUAAUUAUAUUUUUUGUACAUACGUUUAUACUUACCAGUUUUUGGAUGUUUCGGAUUAUUUACACUACAUCGUGAAAGUACUUGCGAAAAAGCGUUGCUUCCAGUUCAUCUUUGCCGGGAUCGCCUGCGGUGAUGCUAGUAAAACGGUUCCUUCUCUCAUACACCAAAGCAAUGCAUCGGAUUAAUCGGGCGCCAAAGGACAACGGCGGCGCUACGAACUCACCUGCCGAUUACGGUGCCAUCUGCUUGCGAAACAAGCCUAGCAACUGCAACCCAUACCAAACUUCCUCUCGAUGUCUCAGCACAGCCAGCAACCGCAUGGCAACGCCGAACGAUGAAAACACAAGGCCGAUCGCCCCGUCGGCGGCUGUUUCACUGUAUCAGAUGAAAAAACUCAUCAAAGCAGCCUGCCCAACGUUGGGCGAAAGUGUGGAAGGACCCACCUGCAUCGAAACGCAAUGUCCCGUUUGCCAUAUCGUGCCCGGUGGUGAUAGCUCGGCUGGUCCACCUGCGUCCGGACCCCGGAUCUACAUCAACAAAACGACGGGAUGCUUUUCGUGCUCUUCCUGCCACUAUCUGGGCCGCUGGGAGCAGAUAGAAAAGUUCUUUCCUCCCUACAACCGUUCGGCAAAGUCGCUGCAAGAGUUGCGCAAGCUGAGGGGCGCAUUUCUCGAGCUGAAACAGGAGUGUACGGGCUCCGAUACACCGAUCCAUUCGCUGCCGGUGGAUUCGAUCGAGCUGGAUGAUGCAAAUGCCAAAGCUGUUGCCCAAGCGCUAGGCAUACCGGAUUCUUUUGCUGAAUCUCUCGUUCACCUCAAAGCACGCUGGAAUGCAUUAAACAAGGAGCUGUUCAUACCAUUGAAGGAUGUGGAAGGUCGAGCGAUAGGCUACAAGACGCUGCAACGUACUACCUCCGAUGGAGAGCUGUUUGAGCGAACGGUUCCAGAAGCUAACGCGAGUGGUAUUGUCCAGCUGCGCUGCAGUGUUGCUAGUGCCGGUACGAGGGCGAAGGAGCAAUGCCAUCUCAAUGCCAUCCUAGUGUUGAGCGUGCUGGAUUUGCUGGCCCUUGGUACCGCGAAACUGAAUGCAACGGCCGUUUGUCUUCCGCAUGGUUUGAAGAGUUUGCCACAACAGUGUCUUCCGGCGCUGGAACGAUUUCAGCGGCUGACUUUGUGGUUCAACUACGAUACCGCCGGCUGGGAUACGGCACGGAAUUAUGCGAAAAAGUUGGAUGAACGACGGUGCCUGUUUGUACGCCCGACCGAACAACAUCCAACGCCGUACCGGGCACUACAGCAGCGGGACGCCGGUCCCGAGCUAAGGACGAUCCUUGCUAAGGCACAGCCGAUUUUGCAUCAAUCCAUUACCACGUUUCAUGCGUUACGCCAAGAUGUGCUGAGCGAUCUGCAGAACAUCGACAAGGUCCAGGGUGUCAAGUGGAAACGCUAUCCGACGCUGAACAAACUGCUCAAGGGCCACCGCAAGGGUGAGCUGACGGUGUUGACCGGACCGACGGGUUGCGGUAAGACAACCUUUAUGUCGGACUACUCGCUCGAUCUAGCGCAACAGGGCGUCUCGACGCUGUGGGGUUCGUUCGAGAUACGAAACACACGGCUAGCGGCCACACUGCUGCGCCAAAUGGUGGGUCAACCGUUGGACGAACAGUUGGUCAAGUUUGAGCGGUGGGCCGACGAGUUCGAGCGGUUACCGAUCUACUUCAUGACUUUCCACGGUCAGCAACCGAUCAAGGUGGUGAUGGAAGCGAUCGAGCACGCACAGUACGUGCACGACAUUCAGCACGUCAUCAUCGACAACCUGCAGUUCAUGAUGGGUAUGCUCGAGGAGAGCAAGCAUCUGGACCGUUACUGGAAGCAGGAUGCGAUAAUCGGUGCGUUCCGUUCGUUCGCCACGCGCCGUAACUGCCACGUGACGCUCGUGAUACAUCCGCGCAAGGAGCGCGACACGGACGAGCUUACGACGAGCUCGAUCUUUGGCGGCGCCAAAGCCUCCCAGGAAGCCGAUAACGUGCUGCUCAUACAGGACAAACGGCUGACGUCGGUGCGGGGUAAAAAGUAUCUGCAGAUCGCGAAAAAUCGCUACAGCGGGGACCUCGGUAUUAUGCCGCUCGAUUUCGACAAGGCCAGCUUAAGUUAUGCGCAGCGUAAGCGUAAGGCGGACAGUGGAAACGAUGGUUCUUCCCACGCGGUCGCAUCGGUUGACCAGCCACAGGCGGAUUCUUUGUAGUGCCGCUCAAUAAGCAAACUAUUUGAUUCCAGUUCCAAUUGUUGUAGCAUCGCCACACGGAGAGGGGUUUUAUACAAUAAAAAAUAUGCUCAUUCCUGAGGCCGUAGGGACGCG